GGAAUUAGAGGCAUGCGCCACUACCUCCUGGCCAGCUUCAGUUUUUUUUUUUUUUGUGUGUGUGUGUGUGUAUGUGUUUUAAGAUUUAUUCAUUUAUUAAGCAUACGAUGUACUGCUGGCAAGGAAAGCAUCAGGUCUCAUUACAGAUGGUUAUGAGCCACCAUGUGGUUGCUGGGAAUUGAACUUGGGACCUCUGGAAGAGCAGCCAGUGCUCUUAACCGCUGAGACAUCUCUCCAGCCCCCAGCUUCAGUUUUUAAAAUAAUUUUGUUACAUGGGUUUUCAUACAUAAGUGAGAUUUUUAAAGUUUGUAAAAUAUCAGACGUCUUUGAUCAUAUAUAGCAGCAUUGAAAUUACUAGCUACGCAUGGUACAUGCUUAUAAUUCCAGAAUUUGGAGAACUGGGGAGGGAAAGUGUGUGAGUUUGAGAUCAGCCAUGGCUGCAUAGUUAAACUCUGUUUCUAACUCCUAUUCUUCCCCACUAACUCCCACAAAUAUUUACUUUGGUAGUUUUUUCCUUCCUUCAGAUACAAUUAUUUGAAAGUUUUUAAGCUUGUCAGGAAGAUUAUGGUUAAAAUUAUACUAGUAGCUAUUAAUGAUUAUUAAAGUGUAAGACUAGCUGGACGGUGGUGGUGGUGCACGCCUUUAAUCCCAGCACUCUGGAGGCAGAGGCAGGCGGAUCUCUGUGAGUUCGAGGCCAGCCUGGUCUACAAGAGCUAGUGCCAGGACAGGCUCCGAAAGCUACAGAGAAACCCUGUCUUGCAAAACCAAAAAAAAAAAAAGGUAAAUAAAGUGUAGGACUAUAUUAAUCAAAGCCUUUUCUAAACUGUAAAUAGCCUUAUGUUUACAUUUUCUGAAGAGAGAACGCUGCUACUACUAAGUGUGACCUAUACAUUCAGAAACAAAUAUCUUGACAUUCAGUUGGAAGACUUGUAACUUUGCUUUUGUAUAAAAUAUAUGAUGUUAUUAUUUAGAUGUCUUGAGUCCUUUUAUAAAGCAUAAUGUAAAUUGCUUAAAUAUACAGUAGUUCAGACUGAAUACAUUUACUAAGGUAGCAUGAAGGGAAAAAGUAUUUUAUAAAGUAGCUUAAGAAAAACUGGGCAUGGUGAUGCACAUUUAAUCCCUUGGCAGAUGAAAGCAAGAAGAGCAGAAAUUCAAAGUCAUCCAGCUAGAUAAUGAGUUUUGGGCACCUGGGCUACAGGAGACUCUGUUCUCCCCCAGUCCCCCAAAAAACCCCAAACAAGAAGUAAUUAGGGGCUGGAAAGAUGACUGGUUAAGAGCACUUGCUGCUCUUGUGCUCUUGUAUCAGUUUCCAGUACUCACAUAACAUCUCACAACUAGCUGUGCUCCAGUUCCAGGGGAUUUUGUGCCCUCUUCUCACCUCUAAGAGCACCAGGCACGAGUAUGAUACAAAUACAUACAUGUAUACUCAUACACAUACAUACACAUAAAAGUAAGAGCACAAGUAAUUAUAAGGUAUAAUCCCAGCACUUGAAGCUGAGGCAGAAGGAUCAUGAGCUAUAGUUUGAGGCACUAACCUAUCUCAAAAGCAAAAACCAGUUCUAGAAAGGUUUAUAUAAGUGAAUGUUAAAGGACUUAAAGAUAAAUGAGAUUUGUAAAGUGCAGGGAGGACUGUAUUAUAAGAGUGAUCAGGUUGGCUGACUUUUCAGUAUAGUAGAUAGUGGUUAGCUUUGCUCAUGGGAAGAUGCAAGGUUUUAUUUAAUUGUGCACUUCUUAAAUUAUCUCCUUGCCCUGGAGUUUAGAAACUGGAUAUAGGUUUUUAUGUAAUUCCUACACUGUUAAUGUGAGUGCAGCUUAUAUUGGAAGAAAGAGUAUUAAUAGCUUCUCUUUAUAUUUGGGGGAUUCAAAAGAGGGUAGGCAAACAAGAAGUUAAUCCUUUUCAACUCUAUACUUCUUUCUAGCUUUAGUUUUCCUAUCACUGAGGGAGGGUAGGUCUUAUUUCAGAUGUAACGAGCCUAUUGUGUACCAAGCUAAUUGAGUGAUAAAAGGUCCUACAGAUGGUGGUGGUGAACACUUUGCUUGUUAUACUAGAAAAUGUGGGAGAACAUUCCUGUCUCUGCCUUUACUAUUAAAUAUGGGAUACUUUCAUUGCUUUGUAUGCUGAUGCAUUUCCUGCUCUACUCUGUUUUUCCUAAGCUGAGCUCUGAGCUAAAUCUGUACAAAGAAAUAUUGAUUGCUUUUAUAAUGCUUGCCAUUAAUGCCUGAUGAUAUACAGUAAGAUAGGAUUCUGCAUACCAUUAAAUAUGUCAAGUAUUACAAACUUUAAGGUUCUUUUGAAAUUACCAUACUAAACUCAGUUCACUUUUGCUAACUUCACAGUUGUUGAUCACAUAGCAUGGUCAUCCACUCACAGCUUAAAAAAAUACAGGGAGCAUCGGAGAGAAUGGGUUCAAUGUAUCUAUGCCUGCCUACUUCAAUCUGCAAGGGAGUUUCAGAAAGGCCCCGCAUUCGCCGAGCCGAGAUACUACUCGACAACGAAUCAAAUUCAGCGAUGACAGAGUAUGCAAGAGCCACCUUCUCAACUGUUGUCCCCAUGAUGUCCUUUCUGGAACUAGAAUGGAUCUUGGAGAAUGCCUGAAAGUCCAUGACCUGGCUCUAAGAGCAGAUUAUGAAAUUGCAUCCAAAGAACAGGACUUUUUCUUUGAACUUGAUGCCAUGGAUCAUCUGCAGUCCUUCAUUGCAGAUUGUGAUCGAAGAACUGAAGUGUCUAAGAAAAGAUUAGCAGAAACUCAAGAAGAGAUAAGUGCUGAAGUGGCAGCAAAGGCUGAACGUGUUCAUGAGUUAAAUGAAGAAAUAGGUAAAUUGUUGGCCAAAGUGGAACAACUAGGAGCUGAAGGAAAUGUGGAAGAAUCUCAGAAAGUCAUGGAUGAAGUGGAGAAAGCACGAGCAAAGAAAAGAGAAGCAGAGGAAGUUUAUCGGAAUUCUAUGCCAGCUUCCAGUUUCCAGCAGCAGAAACUUCGAGUCUGUGAAGUUUGUUCCGCAUAUUUAGGUCUUCAUGAUAAUGACAGGCGACUUGCUGAUCAUUUUGGGGGUAAACUGCACCUGGGAUUUAUUGAAAUAAGAGAGAAACUUGAAGAAUUAAAGAGAGUUGUAGCUGAGAAGCAGGAGAAAAGAAACCAGGAACGUCUGAAACGAAGAGAAGAGAGGGAGAGAGAAGAACGGGAAAAACUGAGGAGGUCCCGCUCACAUAGCAAGAAUCCCAAAAGAUCUAGAUCUAGAGAGCAUCGUAGACACCGAUCUCGCUCCAUGUCACGAGAACGCAAGAGGAGGACUCGAUCCAAGUCUCGAGAGAAACGGCAUCGCCACAGGUCCCGUUCCAGUAGCCGCAGCCGCAGCCGCAGCCACCAGAGAAGUCGGCACAGUUCUAGAGAUAGGAGCAGAGAGCGAUCCAAGAGGAGAUCCUCAAAAGAAAGAUUCAGAGACCAAGACUUAGCAUCACGUGACAGAGACAGAUCACCUCGUGACCGAGAUCGAAAAGAUAAGAAGCGGUCCUAUGAGAGUGCUAAUGGCAGAUCAGAAGACAGGAGGAGCUCUGAAGAGCGGGAAGCAGGGGAGAUCUAAUUAGCCGUGUAUAUAUCUUCAAUCCUUAAGCUUCCUAUGGAGUUAACAUGCUAUUAUUUAGUUCACAGCCAUUCGGGGUGACAGUUCUAGAUACUGAUCCAGGCUAGAUAUGAACCUAUUUUCCUUGAUAAAGCCUAAAACUACAUCCAUAGUUUCUGGUGAACCUGUAAUACCAUUCUGAACGUACAGUUUUACAUAAUAAGACGCUGAUCUCUAUUCUUUCAAGUAGGAGUGAUAGUGUAUGAAUUGUGUUAAUGCCUUGCAAUUUUUGAACAUUUGUAAAAUUCUGUCUUCCUUUCUAUUCCAAACAGCAGCAGCUUUGGGAAUUUUUCUUUAUAAUUCUUCUUCCUUUGACUUUUGUAUCUCCUAAUACCUAUGCCUCCAACUGUAAGAGAAAAGGGGGCAGGGAAGCAAUAUAACUUCUGUUCUAAGGUUCUGUUCACCUCAAUUACUAGCUGAUUAUAGUUGAGCAUUUCUACCGGAUUGUGUGCUGGUGAAACUUAACACAGGGCUGUCUUGUUUGGGGCCCUAUUAGAGUUGGAAGUUGAACAGCUGUUGCGUUACUUUUGCUUUUUUUAUUGAAAGUUUGAAACCAGACUUGUCUUUAUUUUUAUUUUUUAUUUUUUGUUCUAUUAAAACUGCUAUGUUCAGUACAUUGAGGGGGGAUGGGGCAGGGACUGUUUCAUAAUAAGCACUUGUUUUAUUGUGUGUGUGUGUGAAUGUGUGGAGUAUAAAGGCUAUACUCUUAAUUGUAAAAAUAAAAGGAAAAGAAACAAUCAUCAUCACUACCAUCAUCACUCUGUAACCUGUUUAGUAAGUUGUCACUAGAACUCUUUGCUGUGCUAUUUUUCUCUGUUCUGUAACAUCCUUAACAGUGCCUUACUGUACAAGGCACCAAAGGUAGUAAAUAUGUAAUUGUGGAUUUCAGAUGAACUGUUGCUCCACCCAAAUCUCUUGCUGACUAUACUCCACUACUUCAGAGCUGUAUUUAACAGCUUCUAUAAGGAAAUAUUGGACCUGUAGAAGCAACUAAGAGUCUCUUGUUUGUAUUCCUUAAUUGACAAGCCUGAAUAAAAUCAAUAUGUAACCAAAAUAAUGAAACCAACAGUUUCUGCAUUAAAGUGCUAAUUACUUACUAAUGAC